UCAAUGUCUAAAAGUCACCAGAAUUCUCAUAGCUUGACAUAUCAUAAUUCUUAAUUCUCUUAAAAUUGAAAAAUAUUCUUUAAAGACCCAAAAAUCCGUCACUCAUUGUUAUUAUUGCCUAUUAAAAAUGUCUAGUCGGGAGGGCGGUAAGAAAAAGCCUCUGAAAGCCCCCAAGAAGGAUGCCAAGGACCUGGACGAAGAUGAUAUGGCCUUCAAGCUGAAGCAAAAGGAGCAGCAGAAGGCAAUAGAUGCGGCCAAGGCGAAUGCCUCCAAAAAAGGACCUCUUGUAGGCGGUGGCAUUAAGAAGUCGGGCAAGAAGUAAAUUAAAAAUAAAAUGAAAGAUUUAGGCUGCCACAAAAAUCUCACAAAAAUAACCCCAACUUUCAUCUUUACAAAGUCAAAAACGAAAUGGCAAAAUGACCACUGGCUGGGACAUUUUGCAAAUUAAUAUUUUCCUGGACUUACCAUGGCCCUUUGUUCAUUUCAAAAAUUCAAUUUCAUAUUGUGUCAUGUUGAAUGCCCAAAAAGGUGUGAUUAAUGUCCCCUAAAAAAGGCGAAUAAAAACAGGAGAACA